AUGCCGGAGCCGCCCUCGUAUGUCGUAAAGCUGUUUCCAGAAAAGGAGGCCUACAGCGUGGAAGAUGUGAUUGAGUAUUGCUCCGUGUACCAACAAACAAAGGGACAAACUAGCAUCAAACUGUGGGAAGAGGCGAUUGAACUGAGAUUUCAGGUAGGCUAG